AGAGCCACGAUAGCAGCACACACCGAUAACCGUUGCUUCGAAUAGCCCUCGGCGCGGUUGGGCGCCUCAGCUACAUAUAUGACCCACAGCCGUCAGCGAGCGUACUCCGGUGGUGCUGCGAGUGUGCUGCGGUGCUAAGGGACCGAGGGUGAUAAGGGGAGGCGAGGACGUGCGAGUGCGAGCAUCGGGUCCGGCGAUUGUGCAAAUGGCGACAGGCGCGAAGAAUACCGCAGUGGCUGCUCGCGACUGAGUGGAACAACGAGUACACAGCCGCGACAAGUGUGUGCGUCUGUGCGCCAGGAGGUGCCCGAGGAGCGACGCUCAGCCUAGGGCCGGCUAACUAAGACUACACCGAUAAGCCAUCCGAACCCGGACGGGGGGCACGUCACCAGGAUACCGUUUCCCAACUAAGUGUUUGCUCGUCAUCUAGAAAGAAAAGAUGCCAGCUGUACGAGGAGAUGGCAUGCGAGGUCUUGCCGUUUUUAUUUCAGAUAUUAGAAACUGUAAAAGUAAAGAAGCAGAAAUAAAGAGGAUAAAUAAGGAGUUAGCAAAUAUUCGAAGUAAAUUUAAAGGUGAUAAAACACUCGACGGUUAUCAGAAGAAAAAGUAUGUAUGCAAGUUGCUUUUUAUUUUCUUACUCGGCCAUGACAUUGAUUUUGGGCAUAUGGAAGCAGUCAAUCUUCUAUCAUCUAACAAGUAUUCGGAGAAACAGAUUGGAUAUUUGUUCAUAUCAGUCUUAGUUAAUACAAAUAGUGACCUAAUUAAAUUAAUUAUACAGAGUAUAAAAAAUGAUCUUGGUUCUCGUAAUCCGGUUCAUGUUAAUUUAGCUUUACAAUGUAUUGCAAAUAUUGGAAGUAAAGAUAUGGCUGAGGCCUUUAGGAAUGAAAUUCCGAAACUUCUAGUAUCUGGAGAUACAAUGGAUGUCGUAAAACAAAGUGCUGCUUUAUGCCUAUUGCGACUUUCUCGUUCAGCGCCUGAAGUGGUUACUGAUGGAGAAUGGACAUCUCGUAUUAUUCACUUAUUGAAUGAUCCACACUUGGGAGUCGUCACUGCAGCAGCUUCCUUAAUUGAAGCUCUUGUUAAAAGGAAUCCAGAUGAAUACAAAGGAUGCGUUAGUCUUGCUGUAUCUCGUCUGAGUAGGAUUGUUACAGCAAGUUAUACAGAUCUCCAAGACUACACAUAUUAUUUCGUUCCUGCUCCCUGGUUAUCUAUUAAAUUAUUGAGACUUCUUCAAAAUUAUCCCCAGCCAGCUGACGAUCCUGGCGUAAGAGGAAGACUGCAGGAAUGAUUAAAUAAGACCCAAGAGCCACUAAAGUCAAAGAAAGUUCAACAUUCCAAUGCGAGGAAUGCUGUUCUUUUCGAAGCUAUCAGUCUAAUCAUUCACCAAGACAACGAACCAACUUUAUUAGUACGAGCUUGUAAUCAAUUAGGCAGUUUUCUUUCGAAUCGUGAAACCAAUUUACGUUAUCUAGCUCUUGAAUCAAUGUGCCAUCUCGCGAAAUCAGAAUUCUCGCACGAAGCUGUUAAAAAACAUCAAGAUAUUGUUAUUGUAUCGAUGAAAAUGGAAAAAGAUGUCUCUGUGAGACAGCAAGCGGUUGAUCUACUGUACGCAAUGUGCGAUAAGACUAAUGCGGAAGACAUCGUACAAGAAAUGUUAAACUACCUCGAAACGGCUGAUUAUUCUAUAAGAGAGGAGAUGGUGUUAAAAGUUGCGAUAUUAGCCGAAAAAUAUGCAACGGAUUAUACUUGGUACGUUGACGUCAUUCUUAAUCUCAUCAGGAUAGCUGGUGAUUAUGUUUCAGAGGAGGUUUGGUAUCGCGUUAUUCAAAUUGUCAUCAAUCGUGAUGAUGUUCAAGGUUACGCAGCAAAGACCGUUUUUGAGGCAUUGCAAGCACCAGCUUGUCAUGAAAAUAUGGUCAAAGUAGGUGGUUAUAUUCUUGGAGAAUUCGGCAAUUUAAUUGCCGGUGACCAACGUUCAUCACCUUCAGUUCAGUUCCAACUCUUACAUUCCAAAUAUCACUUAUGUUCACCCAUGACUCGAGCAUUACUUUUAUCGACAUACAUUAAAUUUGUCAACCUCUUCCCUGAAAUCAGAAACCAGAUACAGGAUGUAUUUAAGCAAGACAGUAACUUACGUAGUGCCGAUGCUGAACUUCAACAAAGAGCUUCUGAAUACUUGCAACUUAGUAUCAUUGCAUCCACGGAUGUUCUGGCGACUGUUCUCGAAGAAAUGCCGGCAUUUCCUGAAAGAGAAUCUUCCAUACUGGCAGUAUUAAAAAAGAAGAAGCCAGGUCGCAUGUCUGAAACAGAAAUCCGACAUAAUAAGAGUCCAGCUCCAACUACUAAUAAUCAUAAUGAAACAUCAUCAUCCGCUGCUGUCUCAGCUAUUAACAAUAUGUCCGCUGACUUACUUGGUCUUUCAACACCACCAUCAACUCAGCCAACAGGUAAUACAGGUGCACUGUUUGACGUUUUAGGCGAUAUUUAUAAUAUGCCAGUUAAAGGAGCAUCUAACGGUACCCAAGCCACCUACAAUGCUAAAAAAUUUGUUUGUAAAAAUAAUGGAGUACUUUUUGAAAAUGAUCUUAUCCAAAUUGGUGUAAAGUCGGAAUUUCGACAAAAUCUUGGUCGCAUAGGUUUAUUUUAUGGAAAUAAAACCCAACAAGCACUGAUUAAUUUCCAACCGCAAUUAUCUUGGCUAGAAGAUGAACAGACGAAAUUGGUUGUACAAGUAAGACCUGUUGAUUCUGUGCUAGAAGCUGGCGCUCAAAUUCAACAAUUAAUUAAUGCUGAGUGCGUUGAUGACUAUAAUGAUGCCCCUAGUAUGAUUAUAAGUUUUAAUUAUAAGAACUUACCUCAAAAAAUAACAAUGAAGUUACCAUUAACGAUAAAUAAAUUUUUUGAACCAACGGAAAUGAAUGGAGAGUCAUUUUUUGCCAGGUGGAAGAACCUUGGAGGAAUAAAUCAACAACGUUCACAAAAAAUAUUUAAAGCUCAGGCGCCUAUGGAUUUGACACAAGUUCGCACAAAAUUACAAGGUUUUGGCAUGCAACUUUUAGAUGGAAUAGAUCCGAAUCCUGAUAAUUUCGUCUGCGCUGGAAUCAUACAUAUGAGAGCCCAACAAGUCGGUUGCUUAUUACGCCUAGAACCAAACAAACAAGCUCAGAUGUUCCGGUUAACAGUGAGAUCAAGUAAAGAAUCAAUGUCCAUAGAAAUCUGCGACCUAUUGGUGGACCAAUUUUAAUUAAUCUAAUCGACGCGCCCGUCAGCCCUAACUUAUUUUUUAUAUGAUGCAUAAUGAUCUUAGCAUACUUUGCUAAAAGCUAUUGGAAUAAAGGUGGAGCAUCAUACCAUAGAAGUGCAAUGAGGACGCUAUUUAUAGAUUGUUAAUCGCAAGAGAAAAUUAAAAAGCAAACAUGUUGUACCCCCAAGCUUUCAGCCAGAGUUGCACUACACAAAGAAAAUGGACAACAUUCUCAUAUGUAGGACCACUGUAGGUUAAUUAUGUGAGAAUCAUUUGUUACCGCGUAGGACAAUACUAAAAACGACAGGUAUUCAUGUCAAAUUAGGGUUUAAGAUCAGAUGAACUUACGACUGACAAGCGGAAUAGAUCAAACCGGGCAGUGGGACAGUAUUAGUUUUGAAACACUUGAAAUUUGGUGUUAUUGAGGUUAGCCAUUGUUAAUUUUGAUUAACGCACCUUACCUCAGU